AUGACAUCGAAUAUGAUGACGCAUACGCUUCCGCCAAAAGAAGACGCUGUCGAAGUGUCUUGGGAAAAGGGACAGAGAGUAGAAGCUAAAUUACGUGGGCAUGCAGAUUACGUGAAAUGUAUCGUGUUUCGUGCGCAUGACGAUGGUAGUUGCGACUUGGAAGCAGAAAAUGGUGAGCUGCUCAAGCGCAUACCGGGCGAUAACCUUCGAAAGCGUGCUAGCUCGCCGGUGAAAAAGCCAAUUCUCAUGAGCGACGAUGAACCGAUCCGUCCAAAGCGACCCUUGGUAAAAAGAGCAAGUGAACUUUCCGCGAGUGACGAUUCCUCUGCGCAACCCAACGUAAGAUUUAAGCAAGGACAGACAAUUGAAGCUAAGCGCAAUGGUAAGGAUUGCUACACUCCCGGUGUAGUCGCUCGAUGCCGGCUCAAUGGUUCCUACGACAUUGACUUCGACGAUGGUGAAAAGGUAUUUGCAAUACCUGCGGUUAACAUAGGCCAGCCUAUAGAGGCUCAGUACAAGGGCAAGAGCAAAUUCUACCCGGGCGUGAUCUCGCGCUGCCGUCUGAACGGCACGUACGACAUCGACUACGACGACGGCGAGAAGGAAACGGGCGUGGCGGCCGAGCUGAUCCGGCUGCUGGGCAAAAAGGGCGGCGGCGACAGCGACGACGACCCGAAGCAGAAGAAGUUCCGGGAGGGCGACAAGGUGGAGGCUCAGUACAAAGGCAAGAGCAAAUUCUACCCGGGCGUGAUCUCACGCUGCCGUCUGAACGGCACCUGA